AUGGCAUACUACAGGGAACGGCAGAAGGCCAUUACGGUGCAGGGUCUGAAGGAUGCCGUUCAGGAAAGCCUUGGGAGCUACAUGUAUGCUAACGCCAUUUUCUGCGCGGAGCGACUCUACGCGUUGGCACCAACGCAUGAAUCAUUGCACACUUUGGCGCGCUGCCACUUUACAGGCGGGGACGCUGGCACGGCCUACCGGUUAUUGCGGGCACACUAUCCUUUCUUGCUGCCCAGCACCACCACCAGCAGUAAUAAUAGCGGUGGUGUAGGCAACAUAGCUGCAGAUGCUGCGGCACGGUGGGACUGCCAGUACUUGCUAGGGGUUGCGUGCGGCAUGACACAGCGGUACAUGGAAGGAGAGAGUGUAUUGGAGGAACUGGAUCAGAAACGCUCGUGCUCAGAGGUGCAGUACUGGCUUGGCGUGUGCCGCCGGCACCUCCGCCGGGGCAAUGCGGACGAGGCGUUUGCCAGGAGCGUUAUGUUGGACCCGCUCAACUUCGCGGCGUACGAGGAGCAUGUCAAGACGGCGCGGACACCUCGAGAAGAUAUGCGCCGCUUGUUCUCUGAUGCGGCGCCAAUUGCGGGUGGAGCCGAUGACGUUGCUCGCCGCUCCACCAGUGGUAAUAGUGGUUCGGGAAACGCCCCUCAGCAUGUGAAGCGUGAAGCGGUGCGACAGUAUUUGUCACCAUUUGCCUCUGUGACAUUCUUGCAGUGGACCUACCGCUGCAAAGAAGCGCGUAGCCUGCUCCAGCACGAACGUUUUCCCGAACGGGACUCAGGGUGGGCAAUUGGGGCACUUGCCAUGUCCUAUUUUCACGACGGCGAUGUGGAGAACGCGGCAAAAGAGUUUGCUCGUCUGCGACAGGUGGCACCAUGGAGGCUGGCUGAUCCUGUGUUGGUGUACUACAGUACAGCGUUGUGGCAACGUCGAGAGAUGGGACCGCUUGGUUCACUCUCGCAGACCCUCAUUAACGAAAUGCCUGUGUCACCCAUCACACUUUGUGUUGUGGCUAACACUUAUAGCCUUGUGAAGGAGUCAAAGGAGUCUCUUUGCAUGCUCAACCGUGCGGUACAGGUGAACCACGAGUUUGCGUAUGCCCACACUCUGCGCGGGUACGAAUUACUGUACCUGGACCGUAAGUCUGAGGCUGUGGAUGCCUUCCACGAGGCGAUCCUAAUUGACGGCAAACAUUACAACGCCUAUGCAGGCCUCGGAGAAUUGUACUUCCGAAGUGAGAAUCUGCAACAGGCACGCAACUACUUCCAGCAGGCGAUCAGCAUCAACCCCUUGCCGACCAUCAUGAACCGCUAUGCUGCCACGUAUCACCGUCGUGGCGCGACAAGGGAAAGCCUCGGCGAGGCACUUCGCAUCUACGAGACCGCUAUCAAGCGGCACCCGACGAACCUCGGCGCUCGACACCAGCGUGCAGAGGUGCUGAUUCGUCUCAACCAAUUUCGUGAGGCCCAUGACGAGCUUUUGAGGAUGACACGGGAGUGUCCGGAUGAGGCGAUGCUUUAUGUGACUCUUGCUAAAUGUGUCCACCUCAUGGGGCUUACUAGGCAGGCAGUGCAGUAUUAUCACACCGCGAUGGACUUGGAUCCGCGCAGGGUCGGCUACGUCAAGAGUUGUUUAGAGAGACUGGAGAUGGAUGAGCCGGAAGUUGUGGAAGUGAACACCUGA